CCUGGGCGGUAAUAAGCGGUAAUAUAGGUAAUGAUUAGCAAAUCGCUAUUACGAGCGUCAAAUCAAAUUCGAAUUGUAAGUAGCUCGGGCUUAUUUUCUGGCCUCAUACAUAUCGCGGUAUCGUUUUCCUCCUCCACUCUGUCACAUAAUACCGGCUACUGGGCUCUCCGCGUCCAACUUCCCCAAUGGCGCCGAAAAGCACCUCGCCGUCGUCUGUAUUCAAAAAACGAACUUCGCCGUCGCCUCUGACGUCCGCUGCCUCUUAUUUCUCUGCGCUUUCUCAAGUAGAUGCAAAGACCAGAAACGCGCAUAAGAGCUCAUCACCAACACCGAUGUCGACACCGGCCCUGUCGUUAUCCUCCUCGUUCACGAACUCGACGGCAGACACGCUUUUGACACAGGCAGACGUGGAGAACAGCCAUGGUCUCGCGUUUCCCGUGGAACCGCCGACUUCGGAGCAGGUCCAUACCACGGUUCAUACAGAAUUUGGGCACUGCUCCAAUGAAGCGCAUCGGCGCUUUUCUUCCCAUAUCCCUAAUACCCCAGUCCUUCAUCCUGAAGACAGAGAUCCACCGUACUAUGUCCUUCUUUCGACGUAUAUUAGUUAUCUGAUAUUAAUUGUUCUCGGCCACAUGAGGGACUUUCUUGGAAAACGUUUUCGCGCCAAGUCGUACAAGCAUCUCAUGCCCUCCAAUGGAUACGCUCCUCUUAAUUCAGAUUUCGACUCAUUCUACACUCGUCGUCUCAAGAAACGCAUGGAAGAAUGUUUCUCUCAGCCCGUCACUGGCGUAGCUGGUCGCACCAUUCAGAUUUUGGACCGUUACUCGAAAGACUUCAAUCACACGCAGACUUCAUUAAACACAGUAACCCGCGCACUCAAUAUUUCCUCUUACAACUAUCUUGGUUUCGCGCAGGCGCGUGGUGGAUGUGCUAAUGCCGUCGAGGAAGGUAUGAAAAUUUAUGGUGUCAGUACCUGUGGCUCGAGGCUCGAGGGUGGGUCAUCUGAUCUGCAUACUAUGACCGAGUCACUGGUAGCCAAAUUCGUUGGAACGGAAGAUGCUUUGGUUAGCUCCAUGGGAUUCGCAACUAAUUCGACCUACAUCCCAGCUUUAGUCUCUAAAGGGUGUCUUGUCAUCUCCGACGAAUUUAACCAUGCCUCAAUUCGGUUCGGUGUGCGGAGUAGUGGCGCACAAGUUCGUAUGUUCAAACACAACGACACGAAUGCUCUCGAGGCUCUGUUGAGAGAGGCUAUCAGUCAGGGACAGCCUAAAACCCAUCGCCCCUGGAAAAAAAUCUUGGUUAUUGUGGAAGGAAUUUUCAGUAUGGAGGGCACGAUGAUUGAUUUACCUACUAUCCUCGCCCUGAAAGACAAAUACAAGUUCUACCUUUUUGUUGAUGAGGCGCAUUCCAUUGGCGGUAUCGGUCUACACGGGCGGGGAAUCGCGGACUAUUAUGCCGUUGAUCCACGGAAGAUCGACGUUCUGAUGGGCACAUUCACGAAAUCUUUUGGUGCAGCUGGAGGAUAUAUCGCUGGGAGUAAAGCUCUCAUUGACCGUCUACGAAUUCGUAGUUACACUGGUCCUUAUGCGGAGGCAAUGGCUCCGCCAGUGCUUACUCAGAUUGUCGCUAGUAUGGCCAGCAUCAUGGGCGUUGAUAACCCCGCAGGUACAUCCAUGGGAUCUCUUGCACCUUCUUCUUCGUCUAGCUCCACACUUCAGCUUGCAUCACCAGAGACACAGUACCACCACCCCGGUCCUGUCCCUCAAGGCUUCCUCCCCGCAUGGAUUACACUUCCUUACGCGCUUUCUUCUGGAUUUGAAGGCCGUGAACGCCUCCGUCGUCUCUCUUUCAAUUCCUAUUACCUCCACCGCGGCCUUGAUAAACUCGGGUUUAUCACGUAUGGGCAUCCAUGUUCGCCCAUCGUUCCACUUCUCAUCUUCAAUCCUGGAAAAAUGAUGAUGUUCCAUCGAAUGAUGAAGGAUCGCCAAACACCAAUCAUCACGGUCGUCGUGGCCUAUCCAGCUACGCCGCUGAUCACUUCACGAGUGAGGUUUUGUGUCAGUGCGAGUCAUACAAAGGACGAUAUAGAUUGCAUUUUGAAGGCUUGUGAUGAGAUUGGGGAUGUUUUGGAUCUAAAGCAUGGGAUCAGUAGGAAGGAUAGAUGGUCUCUGGAUGAAAUAUGUCGGAGAGCGGUGGAGUUGGUUAAUCUUCCAGACCAUGAAAAUUGAUGGCUCGAUAUCAUACGUCCAGAUUGGAGCAGGGAAGAAUCACGAUAGAUUAGCGUAUACAUAUACCCAGACUUACAGAUUUGAAUACUAGUUUUUCACUAGUUGCCCCCGUCGGGGACACAAACCUUGCUUGAGGUGUUCUGGUAUCAGGUGCAAAUCGCACCUUUCCGC